UGCCCGUCUACUUUGGACAAAAGCUGUUUUAAAGGCAAUGAUUUUAAAGACACCAAAUCUUUAAUUUGUUAAUUGAAAACUGUAACUUUUCACGGUUCAGUGGUUUAGUAGGUAGUUUUUUCCGUCUCUUCAUGUGAAUCCAGACGCACUGAAUGAUGCUCAGAUCUCUGUGUGGACCCUACACAAAUAUCACUCGAUUGUUAUAAUGAAAUCUAAUUUGAAUGUUUGGUAAACUAUAUUAAUAUUCAUAUCCUACUGGUGCACAGAUGCAAAAGAUGUCUCAAAACAUGGCUAAGACUUAUGUAAUAUUGUAUAUAUUCCACAUUUGAUUGUGGGAUGGAUAAUCGCCAAUAUAAUAGUGUAAUAAUGUGAUCUUCUUUUUCCUCGUACAAACGCAGUCAGAAGAGCUCACUGGCAUGUUCAUGAAUGAAUCACUUUCUGAAUCACCAGUUUCUCUGUGUCUCUUCUUUUUUAUUAGUUAAUGUAGUGUUUUAUCUUUUAUCUCUUAUAUCUGAUUUGGCAUUUCCCUUAACUUUACAAUCAAUUAUCAAGUAAGCUGAGCAGAGAUUGUCACAUAUCUGAAUAUUGUGAUAUGAUCUGCAAUGAAUAAUGUGGAGAUCAUUUCUUUCAUAUGAGGCUGUGCUUAAUAGAAUGAUGUAAGUACUUUAAGAAGUCAGUUUGUAAGUUCUUGUGUUUAUUCAGCAGGUUUCAUGCUGAUGAAGAAAACUGAGAAGCUAAAGAUAAAGACAAAGGUGUGUCUGUUUUGAGGUAAAGAGGUGUUGUCUUUUUCUUCCAGAGAGAUGAAGAGCUCCAUGUCAUCUUCACGUAACAAAUGACACUUUGUUACACUGAAUUUCAGAAGUAUCCUAAUGGACGGUUGCAUCAGUUGUUUACCACCAAAUUUCCGUCAGGAGCCAAUGGCGAGUUGCAUCAUUGCCAAUCGCUGUUAAUGAUGAAGACUUGCCACUACAUGUUUUCUGAAUGAAUCCCACCACCAAGACUCGUUCUUCACAAAGCCAGUAAAUAUGUGAAGAUGUUAGCAUGUUAUGCGUUUUAUAAUCUCAAUAAAAUGCAAAUGUUUCUUCUCUAAGAGAUCCGUUCAGACCACACAUUUCCAAAUUGGACUUUAGACUCCAGAACGCUUGGCUCUGAUUGGCUCCUGGAGCUCUGAAUCUUGGGAGUGAAAGUUCGUCUGUGUCUUCAGUUUAAAGUGAGCUGUGGGUCCCACCACAAACUUCAUACGAGCUCUUCCGCGCUGGAAAGCAUCUUUGAGACCACAAGAACUCAUAAAAGCCGUUGAGAGGACGAUGGCAAUCCUGCAGCUCUACAGACUCAUCAAUUCGUCUCUGCUCCUCAGCCAGCGGCCUCUGAACGUCUCGGCCGAGCAGACGGUGUACAGCAGCUGCGCAGACAUGCCCGCCGCGCUCAUCUUCUACCUGGUGCUGCAGCUCAUCAACAUGUUCCUGGGCAUCCCGGCCAACAUCAUGGUUCUGUGGCUCAUUCUUAAGAACAAGGGCGACUCGUCCACCUCCGACAUCUUCAUCGUCCAACUGGCCGUGCUGGACGUGUUCUUCUGCCUCAUUCCUCCGCUGGAGCUGGCCAACAUCGUCUACCUGAGCACCAGCAGCACCUGGUACGUCCUGCGCUUCUUCUACGGCAUCAAAGACUCGUCGCCGCUCUUCUUGUCCUGCAUCUGUCUGGACAGAUAUAUGGCCGUGCUGCAUCCCAUCACCUUCACUGAGCUCAAGGACAAGCGGCAUCGCUCCGUCUGCGCCGCCGGCGUCUGGUUCCUCACUUUGGUCUACGCCGCAGCCAAGUGUGUGGGAAACAUCCCCAACUUCGACAAGGUGUUCACCGUCAUGAUCCUGGCGGCGUUUGCGUUCAUGCUCUUCUGUAACGUCUCCAUUCUCUGGGCUCUGAGACAGUCGGCUCCAGGUCGAGACAAGAGACACCCGGUCAAGAAGAAGGCCUUCAAGAUGGUCCUCAUCAUCUUGGCCAUCAUUGUGUUUAACUACUUCCCGCCGGUGGCUCUCUUUCCCUUCCGUGAGUGUUUCUCUCCGGAUGUCUUCCGCUGUUAUAUCCACUACAUCGCCUUUGGCUUCAUGGACAUCAGCAGCAGUAUCCAGCCGGUUCUGUAUCUGUCACGGGAGAAGCUGCCCAAAGUCCUGCUCUGCUGCUCCAAAAACACUGAACCAAGCGCUGAUCCCGUUUACACCGUCAGUGGGUGAGCACCGGCUUUCAGAGGAUUUCACUUGAUUAGAGCCGAGCCGCUGCAUGCACACAAUACUGUAGGUUUGUGCACAUCUAUAAACAGGUUUAAAGCUGGUGUUAAGAACUAUCUUUUGUCAUUAGCCUGGGUUAGAUUGUGUGUGUUUUAAUUGAUUAAUUUUUGGGUUAUCUUGGUUUACUUUUUGUGUCUUUGUAUGUUGAUAGUACAGCGCUUUGGUCAGCAUGUACUGCACAUGUGCAGCGCUUUAUAAAUUAAUAAAUAAAUGCUUUUCCUAAACCAUGUGUAAUGUAACUAUAUUAGACUCAUUCUGACCAGAAUCUGCAGCUGUUUUAUGUUUAAGCAGAAGCACCAACCUGCUGACAACUGCAUAUUUUGUGCAUAUAAAAUGUUGUUAAUUACUAUAUUACAUAUUUACUUGUAGUGGAUUUUAGUUUUUCAUUUAAUUAAGUGCAUUUGUUUUUGUGAAUUCUGGAUUAUCCUGCAGUUUAUUCAAGACAGCUGUCGCAUACACUGUAUGAAACAAGUUGACUAAAGAACAUCAAACUAGAGAGAGAACAUUUGAACAUUUUUUUUCUGUGAUACAAUAAAAUGUGCUUAUAAGUUGAA